UUACUCCCCCCUUGAUGAUUUGUCAACAUAUGCCAAACUAAAAACAUUUUCUGGUUUUGUUAUCAAAUGGAAACAUUUGACAGGAUAUAAUCUGCGAAGUGAGUGUGACACCAAUGAAGAUAUGCGCGAUAUGAAUAGAAUGAAUUCGAUCGGUGCGGAUGAGGAUGCUGACGUGUUUGAAAUUACUGACUUUACAACUGCGUCAGAUUGGGAGAGGUUCAUCGCUCGCUUUGAAGAAAUCAUCCACGAAUGGAAGUUAGCCAAUCGACCGCCUCUACCCCCAGCGCCAAAAGACGAGUAUUCAAAUGGAGCCUGGGAUGAACGAUCUGAAGAAUUACAGUUUGCUGAUUUUAAUUUCAAGAUUACUCAUAAAUUUCUGAAAUCCUGCGUUGUGACGACUGAAGGUAGAACUUCUGAGGAGAAGGACGGAGGUCAGGAGACGGACGACAUUGAAGAUUUUGAUGAGAAAACACCAACAGUGUAUUCAGAUUUAAUGAACCUUGACAAUGAUUUUCCUUCUCGUGCCCACCCACUGUGUAGAUGGUAUGGACUCCAGGAAUUCCUGACUUUAUCUCCUGCAGCUAACAAUGAGAUUAUUGACUCUGAAAGUAGAAGCAAGCUCCUUCUCAGCUCUGCCUCCAUUGCAAUGAGCAACACAGCCUGCAGUGUGCCAGUGUUUGUACAGCAGUCACACAACUGGAGGAAACUGUACUGUGGAACAUGUGUCGUUCCUGGAGCAAAUGUUGAGUUUGAAAUGGUUCAUCUGAAAAAGAUUCCCUCCCAAUACGACCAUCUAGCUGGUCUUAUAGAUGUGUUCAAAUCUAAAUUAGGGUGUGUGUACAUCUCUAUGCCUCCAGUCUCAGUAUCUGUGAGGUUCACAUACAUCUUAACUGAUUGGUCAUGUACAGCCUGGCCACAGGCGCCUCCAGACUUGUCAUCAUUGAUGGAAGAUGAAGUUGGCUGCAGUGAUUUUGGUAACCUUCCAUUUGGAGCAUGUGAGGAUCCAGUGAGUGACCUACAUUUGUCCUGCACCUGGCCAAGUCUCUCAGAGGAUAUGAUUGUGGAGAACCAUGUUUAUUCAGAUCUUGACCCCCUUCAAGCGCCUCAGUGGUCUGUUCGAAUCAACAUGGUCGAUGAUCCACUGUGUCUUCUUGGGGAUUAUAUCAGAGAAUUCCUUACCCUCACUGAGAGAAAAGAAACAACUGAUGAACUCCUUGGAAACCUAGUACCUGAGGAGGGGGACAAUGCAGACCUAAGCCAGGCACUGCAACGUUUGACUGAACCCAACAUGCCAUAUGCCAUGCCUUCCAUUGGAUCUGUUGUAUCGACUGCUACAACAAGACUGAAAAUAAAACCAGAAGAAGCACCAAUUGCUUCAGACAUGCUAAACCAAAUAUUAUUAUUUCUGUUUCCUGAUGCCAAGGGGCCGAAAUGUGAAGGGGAGGAUGAAAAUGGAGAUGAAGAAGUUAAAGAAAAAACAGCAAGGUAUACAGAUGUUUUGGCAGAGCUAAAGAAACAGAUGAAAACCGCACCUCUUGAUAGUUUAACCCAUCGCUUGGCUGUGUGUUUUGCUAUUGUUAACCACAAUUAUGGUGGUUUAAGAGCUGUUGCACACUUGUGGCAAGAGUUUGUCUUAGAGAUGAGAUUUCGUUGGGAGAAUAAUCACUUUGUAUCAGGAGUGGAAAAGUGUCAACCCAAUCUUGGAGCUUGCCUUCUGCACCAGAAGCUUCAGAUGCUGAACUGCUGCAUAGAGAGGAAGAUGAAGAGAGAGUCACUGGGCUACGGAUAUGGUUCAGAAUACGACAAUUCUGAUAGAGUUUCCCCUGAUAGUCCUGGUGAUCCUUUCAGCCGAAUGUCAGACAAACAAGACUCCUCCCAAGCUGAAGGACAAGUUGAUCAGGUAAACAGCGAACGUAUUGGCAGUAUAGGAAGUGUAAGUGAUGAUGAAUUCUACGACUGUGAUGAGGAUGAUGAAGAGGAUGCAGAUGGCGCUUCAGUUCCAAAGGAGAAGACAAAGGUUGACCGAAAGAAUAGCAGGAACAGGGACAGCUCAGAAGACAGAGCCAAGCUGGAGGAAAGUAUUGAGUCGGCAUCUGUUGCCAGUGAAUCAUCCUUUAAAGACAGCUUUUCUCAUAAACCUGACGGUAGACUUGCACCUUUUAAGAACAUGAAACUGCUGGGAUCUAGUGAGCAGAUGUUUGUCCCCAUCACGCAAGAACCAUCACCUAUGACAGAAGACAUGCUUGAAGAACAUGCUGAUGUCCUCUCAAAGCUUGGAUCAUCUCAAGAAAGCACGCAGCUGCGUGCAAGAAUGCAGAGUGCAUGUCUUCUCUCUGAUAUGGAGUCUUUCAAAGCUGCUAAUCCUGGUUGCACACUAGAAGAUUUUGUUCGAUGGUACUCCCCACGUGAUUACAUUGAGGAUGAAGUCGAAACUGAAGAUGGUAAGAAGGAAAUAAAAGGCUGCCUUAGUCAAAGAAUGCAAAUUCCUGGAAACAUGUGGGUGGAAGUAUGGCAGAGUGCAAGACCCGUUCCUGCCAGACGACAAAGACGGUUAUUUGACGAUACUAGAGAAGCUGAAAAGGUCCUCCAUUGGCUUAGCUCCAUGAAGCCUGCAACUGUUGUGUUUAACUUAAUGCCAAUGUUAACACAUGCUGCUAUAGUAAAGGUCCUUGAUAAUGAAGAUGCCGAUGUGCCUGCUGUGAAGACUCUAGUUGACCAGAUAGUGUCCAAGGGGGCCAAACUGACUCGAAACCCUAUGGCUGAUGUCAGGAAGUAUGAACAUUUGGUCAGACUCAUUGAAAUGGCAGAAACCCUGAUUGCAAGAACAGUGUCCCUGAGAUCCAAAUUUUCUGAAGACCUCCUAGAACAACGAGGUGCUGAGAGUGAACUCCAUCACUUUGUGUCCUGUCUUCAUCAACAUCCUGAGGUUACAGUUCGAGGUGGUCCUUGUGGUCCUGUAGGAGCCAUCAUCCACAAACUGUUUGUCCAGUCACAGAAGGCUUCCUACAUGUUGCUAGAUGAGGAUGAGGAGCCGACCGAAGAAGUGGAGAGAGAUGCACAUAAACCUGCCAGCACUGUCCCAGAUUUCCCACGAGCAACAGCCCGGGAAUACAUACUGAGAGCUAUGGUACCAAGGCCUGCUCCUUAUUCAAGGGUGCUACCACAAAAGAUGUUCUGUGUUCUGGUAGAAAAUGACCACUUUAGGUUAGCAGGAGCAUUUUCUUCUGAUACAACUUUCCAGUGAUAUUUUUGCUGUUCACUCAAUAACAAACUUAAAUGAGAAGAAAUGUGUCAUCAGGUUUUAAUUCGGAUCAGAAUAGUGAACAUGGAUACCAGGUCCUUCGCUGAUACCAAGGUUGUUGGGUGUUAUUUAUUUGAAUGGGUGUGCCAGUUGCUUUAACAUUUUUGUCUUAUCCAAUGACAUAUGAUCUGCAUGUAAUCUAUGCUUUACCAGUGUAGACGUUCUAGAUGCAGUUGUUUGUAUUUAUUUAUGUUCUGGAGAUAUUUGAAUAGAGCUAUCACAAACGUUCAUAAAAUAAUGCAAGGCAUAGUUUGUCAUGAUUCUAUUCAUCUUUGAAAUUUUAAUGGAAGUCAUUCAUUCUUUGCCAUCGUUAGCCAUAUUGGGAACAGUUUCUAUGGGUUAGGUCAUCCAUACUUUUGUAUGUGUUUCUUAUCUCCAGCGUCAGUGGCAUGAGCUCAGUCAGCCAGAAAAAAAUAUGUUUUAAUGUCUAAUUGUGUAAGUUUUUUUAUGACAUUUCAUAGCUGGAGCACUUGGUAUCAGUCCCUAAGUUGACUUAUAACUUAACAAGUACUUUUUAAUAACUUUAACAGAAAAAAAGAUAUAGAUGUCCUGCUUUUUUGUAUGAAAGUGCAAUGGUGUGAGUUUUUUUAUCACAUUGGGGCAUAAAUUUCCACAUAACUUUCUAAUUGAGAAUUUCAAAUUAAAUCAGAAUUUUAUCAUCAUCAGAAGGCAAAUCUGUUCAUGUAAAAUGAGGCAUGUUUUUAACAUAUCUGUCGUCAUUGAGGAAGAAUCUGGUUUCUUCUGGCAACUAAUUUCACAUUGUUAUGAUGCUUUUCACUAUUUGCACUGUCCAUACUCUGCCUGUCAUUACAAUACUAUGCGUACGGGCCGGAUUGAGAUAUUAUGUUUUAUUGCAUUGGAAUGAAAAUUCCAGGCUAGCAGGAGAUUGGAAAUACAGAGAUAAAAUAGGGACAGCCUCAGAUACACAAAAAACUUAAUUAAGCAUCCCUGUAUUUUUGCUAUGGUAGGUUUUCAACACGUACAUAAAAUUUCUCGUGGUGACCAGAUGGAAAAACAUGAGUUUUUUCUGACGCUUAUCCAUGUUGAUUUUAUUAUGAAAAUUGUUCAUUUUAAUAU